CAGCUGUUUGUCACUCUUCGACUUCGCGAGGAAGAGUUUUGCACGAGUCGCUAAAUAACUUCUUCGCUUCCUGUCGGAUCCGAAGUCACAACUCCUCGACGUUCUUCUGUUGUAUCAGAAGUAACGACGACGGGAGCUUGCUCGUUGCCAAAGUUACUAUAUGAGCAAAUUACAGAGUUGAAACCAUUGUUUUAUGCUGUAUAGCAUGUCUUUUCCUCUUUCUCACAAUGACAAGAACAAAUACCGCUAUAGUCAUCAUAAUGGGGAUUCAACUUGUAAAGGAAUUGAUGUUCAUGAGAUUUUCAUGACUAAGAGCAGAGUACGGCUUCUCUUAUCACACAUAGGCAUCCUCGUAUGUCUGGUGAACUGCUACAUUUCACUUGUGAAGGAUAAACUCUGCAGUAGUUCUAUCUGGAAGAUUACUGUGAUUAUUUUGUUUGCCAAAUUUAUGCAAUAUAAGCCUGUUAAAAAAGAGUCAUUAGUGAUUUUACCAGAAUUUGGGUUGCAACUUGAAACUCAUUAUUGGAGAUUUGUUCCGGGUGGCAAGAUUCUAAGGCCAGUGUUAAAUGAGUGUGUGACUCCUUUCACCUGCUACUGGAGCCUCGCCUUGAUUCUGCAUGGGGAAGAUCAGCUCAUGCUUGUGUUCCAGGAAUUAAAACCUCCUCUUAAAUUGCUGGUUCCUAUCUGGAAGGCUCUGCGUUCAUCUUUUGAUGUCAAAGAAGGGAGCAGCGCUUAAUGUAGUCCGUGGAUGAGUUAUGCUGUGAAGCGCAUUAAGCAAUCAAUGGGAUUUUCAUUUACAUUGCUUUUGGAUGGAAGCUAGUUUUGUUUUGAAUAGAGCUGUUUCUUUGAUAUAUAAUGGAUAAGAUGCAUUAUUCUAUUUUCUCUUUUUUUUUUU